CUCAGAGUGCGUGUUUGCUGCAAAACAACUGUGAACUUAUGAAGGACGAUGGUGUCUGUUAAAGAUCUACUCGUGGACUCACUGAAGGAACUGGUAGAAGCUGAUCUGAAGGAGUUUAAGUGGCACUUAGAGAAUGAUCAUGGGUGUAUAACAAAGAGUGAAAUGGAGAAUGCAGGUAGGUUAAAAACAGUGGAUAAGAUGGUGGCCUGUUUUGGACCAGAAAAAGCUGUGAAGACCGCAGUCUGCAUCCUGAAGAAGAUACAGCAGAACCAUCUGGCUGAGGAGUUGGAAAACAAAUACAAACAAACUCAGGAUCAGGGCAAUAUGAAGACAUCUGCUCCUGUUGCAGCCGAUUCAAACAUGGGGUCAAAUUCAGAUCCUGAAACGAGAAUGUUGACUGCCGUACCCAUGAAUUCUUUUGCAAUCCAGCUGCAACCACCAAUAAAAACAACACCAGCUGGGACUGGGUCAAAUGCUCCUGUGCCUGUAUACGGCGAACCGAUAGCAGGACUUUCACGUCUUCAUGGAUUUCGCAUAUUUCUAAAAGGCCAACCAAAGGCCCUUGGGACUGUCCAGAUAAUGAUUGGACUGAUGACUCUCCUGCUUGGCAUUGUGUCUACAGUUUAUGGAGGAUCCAACUUUGUCUUUAUUGGUAUUCCUUACUGGGGAUCUACCAUCUACAUUAUUGCAGGCUCACUCUGCAUCGCUGCAGAAAACAGCAAACUUAAUUCACCUUCCAGCUUUUGUUUGGUAGCCAGUUCACUUGGAGCGAACAUUUUCAGUGCUUUAACUGCAGGCGCUGCCCUUGUUUUAAUUUCACUGGAUUUGGCUCUAGGAUCCUUCAAGACUUAUCAACAAUUAAACCAUUACCACGACUAUUGUGGAUAUAGAGAUGUUACGGGACAGCAUGAGAUUCUCUUCAAGGGAAUCAGUGGUGUGUUGCUGUUAUUCACCUUCCUUCAGUUUAUCAUCUCCAUCCGUCUGUUAGCAUUUGCUUGUAAAGUCUCAUGUUGCUGUUGUCCUCCUCAGAUACCGGAUACCUCAAUAUAGUAAUUGUGAAUAAAUAUUAAUUAUUAAAAAAAAAAAAAUAGGUGGGCAAAGUUUGGUCCUGUAGCUGUGUGUGAUGGGACUUUCGUGGGACACUUUUGUGGGACCCAAUGAUUUCAAAAGGAAAGGAAAGGACAUGAUGUGUGACCAAGUAUGGUGUCCCAUACUCAGAACUUGUGCUCUGCAUAUAACUCAACCAAGUGUGCACACACACACACACACACACACACACACACACUUACCGUGAGCACACACCUGGAGCAGUGGGCAGCCAUAUUGCUGCGGUGCCCGGGGAGCAGUUGGGGGUUCGGUUCUUGCUCAAGGGUCUCACCUCAGUCGUGGUAUUCAGGGUGGAGAGAGUGCUGGUUAUUCAUUCCCCCCACCUACAAUUUGUGCCGGACCUGAGACUCGAACCCGCAACCUUCGGGUUACAAGUCCGACUCUCUGUCUAUUAGGGCAUGACUGCCCCCUGUCCAUUAUAUUUAAUGUCCUUUCAUCGCUUUAUCAGACAAUAAUUAAUAAUUUUAAUGACGUGUAAACAAAAACUAUUCAAGACUAGAUGCUAUUUCAUCAUUUUCUUUCUUUAGUUUCAAGAAAGUUGCAUAAUCAUCAGUGAAACUGAAUAGAUUGUUUUGAACAACUGCAAUAGCUUAAUACCAUAUAAUCUGUGAAAAUAAAGUAUACAGAAGGAAAAAAUUGCUUAUGUCUUAAUUAAAACAGAAAAAAAAUGGUGUUUCUUCAAGAGUGAUGGAACUGUAUCAUGCACUCCUCAAAACAGCCUUACUUUUACAUAUAUAUAUAGCAUAGAUAUAAAACGGGAUUAUGUUUCUAAUAAAGCGAGCACCAUCAGCUUGCUUGGGGAUGCAGUGAGUGUAAAAUGCUGGCUCAGCCCACAGCUGCACUCUGGUGCAAGGUGUAGUUUUUAUUUCUGUCAGGACCACUGUCGUCAAAAUGAUAGAUACUUAGCAUACAGUUUGGUUUGGCGGUAUGGUUCUGUUCUGUGCAAAAACUCCCUGCCCAUCCAUGCAGCCUGUCCUGAAUGAGCAGAGAGAGCAGCAAUAAUAACCCCCCUAGGGUAAACAGAACAGAACAAGCAGAUAUCAUUAAUGUACUUAAUGAUAUUUAAGUCUGAUUCAGCAAGGAAUAUCAGAAAGACAAGUCCUGACUGUGCAAAAGGAGGAGUUGGGGAUGGAGGAGGGUGAUUUGCUCCUGAGCAAGCGGAAAAAGCUGCUGAAUAAUACUGAAUAGAGCUUAUAUAGGUAUGCCGCGAUAGGUGUCGUAUUCUUAUAGGUAGAUGUGAUCAGCUGAGAAUCAGCUGAUGCAAGCUUGACUCACGUGACCUGCCAGAACUAACGCUAACCAUACCUGUCAACACUCGUACCUGUCUCCCGUAUUUCGCACCCAUCUCCCGCCCCCUCCCGUAAUUUGUAUGGCCCAAAUCUUGUUAUAUGUAUAAUCACAUCAAUAUUUUAUUCCAAGGUUGUACAGUUGCCAGAUCUUGUAUGAAACGCAUCACCUCACACAAUCGACACAAUACACACAUUUCAAACCAUUUGUGACCUCAACCUGGCAACCUACAACCCAGUUGCGCUGUAGAUUUCUGCGCAAGUAGUAUACGUGGGAAGUUGAAUCUACCGUCAGUGGUAGAAAUGGAAGGAGAAGAGUCAAGUGGUGCUCCGGCGAAGAAAAAAAAAUAUUUGUGUAAAUUUAACAACAGCUGGACGGAAGAAUUUAAUUUCUUGUCUCGAAGCCAUGUAAACAACGCAUAAGUGUGUCGCACUAAUUUUAAUAUCGGACACGGUGGGAAAAACAACAUAUCUCUGCAUAUUAAAUCACAGCGGCACAUUCGUGCAGCCGAGGCACAGAAGGGCAACACAUACUAUAAAUGUUAAUGUUAUGUACAAUGUUACAAUGUAAUGUAAUGUCAUUUGUUCCAUGGUGUUUAACUGCUGUGCAGUGUUUCUGUUUAAUAAUAAUAAUACAAAAAAAAAAAAAAUAUAUAUAUAUAUAUAUAUAUAUAUAGAACAGUUCUAAUAUUUAUUUAUUAAUUAAACAUUAACUAUUCUUUUUAUUUUUAUUAAUUAUUUAUGUACUUGUGUUAAUUUAUAGUGCCAGAAACCUACAAUCCAACAGUGAAUAUAUAUUGUUCAAAAGUGCACAAAAACCAAAGUACCAAAGAAACGAACAAAUGUGAAAAUAAAAGGGGAAAAGAAACUCUAAACACACACACAUAUACAUAUAUUGUUUCCACAGUAUAUCAUUGUUAGAAGUUUGCUCAAGGCACCACAGUUGCACUCUUACAUCAACAUUGUUAAAGGGGUCAUAUAAUGGUACAUGCACUUUUACAAGUUGAUUGUACUGAAAUGUGUGUUAGCAGUGCCUGUACACAACCAUCAUAAAAUGAUAAAAAUCCAUCCAGUGUUUUUUUAAUCUCCUUAUUUGUUUUACCCUGUCUCAAAUCAAGCCGUUCGACCGUGUGACGCCCACGGUCGGACGCCUCCCACGAUGGUUGAUUGACAGCAGUGUUUCAACACAGACCCGCCCUUGCUCGUGAGCGAGCUGUCAAUCAUAGUCCGCGCGUCAUUGUUGAUAUACGCUGGAGCUGUCUAUGAGCAGAAUGGCGUCUAGCGAUUGUGGUGUUCUGUUCUCGGGUGCAAUAAUGAACACAGCAGUCAUUUUGAUGUUCCUAAGUCCGAACCGCUGAAGACACAGUGGCUGAGUUUCGCUUUUGAAGGGAAUAUUCCCCACGAGCAACGUCAAUGUUUUCAUGUUUGCGCGAAUCAUUUUUCACCAGACUGCUUUAUAAAUGAAGGUCAGUAUAAAGCUGGUUUUGCUAAGAAGCUGCUCCUGAAAAAAGAAUCGGUACCAACUAUUCGUGUUCCUGCUGAACCUCCAGAAGAAGUGAGUGUAACGUUUAAUUAACCUUUAUAUUAAUCUUUGCAAAUCGCUAGCACGCUUCACGAUGUAUGUGGCUAAUGUUUACAUUCAGGGUACAUGCAUGUUUUCUAUUUACGACGUUCUCAAUAUACUUAAUAAUCCCACGUUUAUAAUGAACAAAACGUUAUGGUUGUGUUAUUACAAACUGUGUACGCAGGUAUUAAAGUUAACAUUAUAACACUACACUAAGCUUACUUUUGUAGAUGGUUUAUAACGGUGUCUGUUAAGAAGUAAUGAAAAAAAUUUAAAUAAAUAAAAAACAGUUAUAACUGCAUGAAAAUGAAUGGUAACACAAUACCUGCAAAAUACUGUUUACAUCCUGCAAAUGCAUAUGAUCCAAGACUAUAAAUACUCUAAUUGAUGUUUUUCAAUAUUAUGCCAGAAUAAGUUAUGUUAUCUGAUCACAUAUUUACUUUUGUAUAGGCAAGCACAUCUUACCCUCAACUGUUGUCAAGGCAACACUCCACGUGUGUUGUGUCAAAAACGCCCCACAGAACAGAGGGGCGGGGCGAGCAAAGCUCAUUAGCAUUUAAAAACACACGCACUAAAACGGUGUGCUGAAAACAGCUGUUUUUGAGCAGGUAAAAUGAGUGUUUUCUUACAAUACUAAUGAGAAUUUUUAAUUAAAGUAUAUUACAAACUUUCAAUUUAGACCCUAAAGAAUCAUAUUAGCUUGUACAAAAAUGGCAUUAUAUGACCCCUUUAACAAGCAAAUAAUCAAUGUCACUAUCCCUCUUGAACCAAAAACUUUUAUAGUACAUUUCUUUUCUAGUAAUCCAAAAUUGAGAAGAAGAGAAUAUAUAUUUAUCGAUAUGUGCAUUUUACAAGCUAAACGACUUAUAGCGCUUCAUUGGAAAAAGUUGUAGAGGUGGCUUAAGGAAAUGGCAAUGAAUAUGUCACUGGAGAACAUUUUUUUAGAAAAAGAAACCAAUGGGGAUAUAACAGAAGAUAUGUAGGAGAAAAAUGUUGGAAAUGUUUUGUAAUAGGAGGCCUUUAUUUAAUUUUAUUGUAUAGUUUGAUUAUUUUUAUUUAUGUGUAUAUAUGUAUUUGUGUUUAUAUGGGUACUUGUGUAUAUGUAGGUGUAUAUUGUUUUUUUUGUAACCUGUUGACUGUUGCAUUUGAAUGCAUAAAUUUGUGUUUUUGUUACUUUUUGUUAUGUAGAGUUAAAAGCAAUAAAGAUAUAUAUAUAUAUAUAAAAACAUUGUUAACAAGCUGUGAUUUGGACUCUAGCCUCCCCUUUUAUAUACCAGACUUCUUUUAGGUAAGGAUUCUGUGCACAAUUCCAAGUACUCCAUAUACUUAUAUACACCUAUACUUGUAAGGCUGUCUCAACAGAUAAAACAAAAAGAAAAAAGAAAGAAAUGAGGAGGGGGUUGGGAAGAAAAAAAAUACAUGGAGCUCAAUUGAAUAUCGCACCAGUUUUGUGAUCAGCUGUUAUGUGGUGUGUCAGGAUCCUCCCCUGACAGUGGUGUCUGUCUUGUCUCUGUUCAAUGUUUCUUUGUUUGUUUUGUGGGUGAGCACAUGGCUCCGUCUCUGUUUGUGUUGGCCACGUGCUCCUCUUGUCCCACCUCCAGUUACCACGCCCCCUUGUUUAGUCCUUGUUUGCUUGAUUGUGUUCACCUGGGGUCAGUUCUUCUUACCUCGCUUAAUACAUCUGAUACGAUUUGAAAGAUUCCAGAUCUUCUAAUCGUGAUAACUGAUCUCUGACUAAUUUGGUUCUUCAAACAAAUUUGCAGACUUUAUUAAAAUAUCUGGAUUAAGUUGUCUAAGUUUAUCAGGGGCGCUUUAAGAUAACCAGAGGCCCCUGGGCUACAGCAUUACGGUAGGCCCCCACCCCAGAAAACCUUUUUUUUUUUUUUACUGUUAUUAAUGUCAAAUUUGGAUUUUUUUUUUUUCUUGUUAAUAACAUUCGCAUUCAACAUUCACAACACUGUUCUGCGUAAAAUGUAAAUAUAAGUGAAUAUGCAAAUUCACUCUUUGCCACAAGGUGGCGCUUAGGAACAGCAGAAUAUAGCCGUUACAUAACACUACGUUAUUACAGGCUU